AUGACCGAGAUUGUUGCGCCGCCACUUGGGUACUUUCUCAUGAACCGGCUCGGACCUCAUUUUGCCUUUUUGGUCGGUAUUCCCAUCGAAGCGUUGACGCUCGUGGCAAUCGCCUUCCUCCCGAGCACAAUCCAAUCCACCUUGGAUAGAGAGGUCCAGCAGCCUUUACUGUCUAGCGACUCUAUUGAGGAUGUAGAAGAGCCACGUUCGAACGCCACGGGCGGACUGGUCCAAAAGGUACAACAGCUUCUACAGGACCGGAGGCUACGACAAGAUGUCAGCAGUCGGGCUCUUGAGCGGAGUCUGCUAGGCGGCCUGUUGGCUUUGGUUGUUGCCAAGAUGGCCCGUCCUAUCUUCUAA